GAGGAUCGAGUUUGAAGCCGAGGACAUUUCAGCGUCGGACGUGCUUUGUUUUGCUCCUAGCAGCCAGCACAAGCUGACAGAGUUACUCAGCUCAAAUUAGUCAAAAAGACUGCUCUUGAAAAAAUGAAGCCUGCCGUGGACGAGAUGUUUCCGGAAGGAGCAGGACCAUAUGUGGAUCUGGACGAGGCAGGGGGCAGCAGCGGCCUUCUGAUGGACUUGGCAGCCAAUGAGAAGGCAGUUCACUUGGACUUCUUCAAUGACUUUGAGGACCUUUUUGAUGACGAUGACCUGCAGUGACUCCACACCCCCGCACGCCUACACGCACUCACCUUCAUGAACAUGUCCAUACGAAUGAAACGUGUCCCUCUCAAAUAAAACUUGGUUUCAAAAGCA